UGCAUAGUAUAGCCCAGAGCCCAGCGCUAGCCGGCAACGCACUAUAUGCCGGCCACAGCAGACGGUUCCGCUGGCGUCUGCCCGCUCCUCGCCGAGCCGAAGCCAAUCUCGAAAUCUCUGUGCUGUCCCUGUCCGCCGCUCGGCGGGCUUGGGAUUCCCUCCGUGGCCGCCGUGAAAGCCGCACGCGCCAACACGCCCUCCCGCGAUACCGCGCAAGUGUUGUCGUUAAGCAACGGUGAACUGCGCGGAGGAUCCUAACCUCGUCGGUGGAGUCCUUUCUGCUGGUUUCUGGAGUGUCGUCUGCUGCCACUGCUAGUGCUGCCCGUUGGGCCCUCGUGAAGAGACGCCUCAUGUCGCUAGGCAGCUUCGAGUUCUGUGUUAAUCCUCUGGUGACUCUGACUGAGAGGCACUCGACGGCAGUGCUUGUUUGGACAGCUUGAAUACCUCCUGUGAUUUGGUGACCUUGACUCACCUGUUCAUCUUUGUUGACAAGGAAAAUCCCAAAAUCAUGGAUUCCUCAAAUUAUGUCGUACUGAAAGCAUUUGCUGCGGGGUCACUCUCUGGGACCUGUUCAGCCAUCCUCUUUCAGCCAUUGGAUCUUGUCAAGACCAGACUUCAAACGAAUGUUCAUAUGUCAACUAACUUAGUUGGAGGAAGCUCCGCUGUAAUGCGACCAGGUUCCAUGUUCUCCUACAUGGGCCACAUUCUCCAGAAGGAGCACCUAACUGGACUCUGGAGAGGAGUAACACCUUCCAUAGCGAGAUGUGUUCCUGGUGUUGGCCUUUACUUCUCAUCAUUGCACAUUCUGAAGAGUAAAUUUACUAAUGGUGAACCAGGCCCAUUGCAGGCUGUAGCGUUGGGUGUUGCUGCAAGGUCCUUGAGUGGAGUUUGUCUUAUACCUAUAACAGUAGUCAAGACACGUUAUGAGAGUGGUGUGUACAAUUAUAACAGCAUAAUACAUGCCGUCAGAAACAUAUAUCAUGCUGAAGGAUUACGUGGUCUCAGCUGUGGCUUAGUUCCAACAUUGCUUCGAGAUGCUCCGUUCUCAGGAAUAUAUCUUAUGUUCUAUACUCAAGCUAAGAAAAUUGUUCCAAUAGGUCAUGCUGAACAUCAGCCAAUUUUUAACUUUACCUGUGGCAUAUUUGCUGGUAUCUUGGCUUCAACUGUUACUCAGCCUGCAGAUGUGAUUAAGACCAAAAUGCAACUGUACCCCAACAAGUUUGCAUCCCUACAUGAUGUAAUUGUAUUUAUUUACCAGAAAUACGGUGUGGUGGGAUUUUUCAAGGGACUUUCGCCCAGAAUUUUAAGAAGAUCUUUAAUGGCUGCUAUGACUUGGACAGUCUAUGAACAUGUUUCCGAAAAGCUUUGUCUUACUUGAAAACUGCGACCAUUAUAUAGAGCAUAAUGUGAAAAAUGUUAUUCUAGAUUGAAAGUACUGAUAAUUGUUGACUGUCAGGAAGUGAUUUUAAAACACAAUCACGUCCCUUUGCUCAGUAUUUAGUGCAUGGAAUUUUAUUUCCAAUGAGAAACAUUCUUUUGUUUGCCACCAGAGUAUUUCUAUCAGAAAGUGGUUUGUUUAUAUCAAUUAGACAACAUGCAUUUGAUUCCUCCCUCAAACAGACACAACCCCACCAUUCUCAUUAACAGUGCACCAUUUUCUGUUUUGUGACUAUAUACUAUGUUAAAGCACUAUUGUGCAUUCACGUGUGUACCUGAUUUAGCUGUAAGUUAUUUGCUCAUGUGUGAACCCAAAUUCUAGACAUACAAUUGUUGAGGACUUCUUCUGUAGGUUGUGUGUGGCUGUGAGCAUAUAUUUUUUAUGUACCUUUAUGUAUCUAUGUGGAGUAUGAAGUGUAUCGGUAUUGUAAUAGAAAAUGAUUUUUAAAUUAAAAACCAAGCCAAAAAUA